UUGAUGGAAAACUACACCUACAACAGUUUGACCCUCCAACUGGAGGGGUUAAAGGUCACAGAAGAUUUAGUGUACCCUGUAUUUCUCUUUUUCUUUUUCUCCUACUUAAUUAUUAUGUUAACUAAUGUUGGCAUUAUGAUCCUGGUUUUCUUUGACAAGAACCUCCACCAGCCCAUGUACCUCCUUUUCUGCAACCUGCCAGUUAAUGACAUCCUUGGGAAUUCUAUGUUGGUGCCUCGUUUGCUCGUCGACAUGUUGUUGCCUCCCUCCGAGCGCCUCAUCAGUUAUUAUGAAUGUGUGGUCCAAGCUUUCCUCUCACACAUGUUCGGCACCACUUCCCACACAGUGCUCAUGAUUAUGGCCUUUGACAGAUACGUGGCCAUCUGUAAUCCCCUGCGCUACGCAACCAUAAUGACCAACAAAAUGGUGAUCAAGCUGACAGUUUCCGCCUGGGGGAUGGCCUUUGUUUUGGUGGUCAUUCUGCUCGGUCUGACCGUACGACUGAACCGAUGCAGGACUCUGAUCACAAACCCCAACUGUGACAACGCCUCGCUGUUUAAACUCUCCUGUGACAGUGUGUUUAUUAAUAAUGUCUACGGCCUCACGUUCACCGUGGUCCUGUUCACAGGCUCUAUAGGCUGCAUGGUUCUCACCUAUACCAAGAUCACAGUAGUCUGUCUGACCAGCAACAACAAGUCUUUGAACAGUAAAGCCCUGAAGACCUGCAGCACUCAUCUCUUUGUAUAUCUAAUGAUGGCAUUAUCUGGAAUCCUCAUUAUCUCCAUGCAUCGCUUCCCUCAGUACUCAGACUACAGGAAACUUGUUUCCAUUCUGUUUCAUAUCGUCCCCGGCACCCUCAACCCCAUCAUCUACGGGGUUCAGUCUAAAGAGAUACGGAAAUUCUUGUCACGAUUGUUCCAGUUCAGAAAGGUUUUUCCAUCAUUAUAAUGUAAA